AGGCAGGAGUAGCUGAUGCGACCGAGCUCAUCGAUCGGGGUGCGCGCCGCCAUGUCGCUGCUGCUGCCGUGGGGUCGGUGCGGGGCCGCCGCCACCCGCGGGCUGCUGCUGCCGCGGGGCCGGGGCCAGGUGUCAGGGAGCCAUGUGUGUAACCAGUAUGGAACAUCAGAUUCCUUGCCAGGGGAAAAAAAAGAGUUCCUACAAAAUGGACCAGACUUACAGGACUUUGUUUCUGGAGAUCUGUCAGACAAGAGCAAGUGGGCUGAAUAUAAAGGCAAUUUAAAGCGUGAGAAAGGAGAAAGGCUGCAUCUUCCUCCAUGGCUGAAAACAAAGAUUCCCAUGGGAAAGAACUACAAUAAGCUAAAGAAUACCUUGAGAAGUUUAAAUCUUCAUACGGUAUGUGAAGAAGCACGUUGUCCCAACAUUGGUGAAUGCUGGGGAGGUGGGGAAUAUGCCACAGCUACAGCUACCAUUAUGCUGAUGGGUGACACAUGCACCAGAGGCUGCAGGUUUUGUUCAGUUAAGACUGCAAAAAACCCCCCUCCACUGGACCCACAGGAGCCUUACAACACAGCCAAGGCUAUAGCAGAGUGGGGCUUGGACUAYGUGGUGCUGACGUCUGUGGACAGAGACGAUAUGCCUGAUGGUGGAGCGGAACACUUCGCAAAGACAGUCUUGCAUCUCAAAGAAAGGAAUCCAAAAAUACUGGUAGAAUGCCUAACUCCCGAUUUCCGAGGGGACCUUAAAGCAGUUGAGAAAGUCGCCUUGUCGGGGCUGGAUGUGUAUGCCCACAACGUGGAGACGGUGCCGGCACUGCAGAGGAAGGUCCGCGACCCCCGAGCCAACUUCGAGCAGUCCAUCCGUGUGCUGAAACAUGCCAAAGAGGUCCAGCCUGGCGUCAUUUCCAAAACCUCCAUAAUGCUGGGGCUGGGCGAGACAGAUGAACAAAUAUAUUCCACAAUGAAAUUAUUGCGGGAAGCAGAUGUAGAUUGUUUGACCCUAGGACAGUACAUGCAACCAACAAAACGUCACCUAAAGGUCGAGGAGUACAUAACUCCAGAAAAGUUCAAAUACUGGGAAAAAGUAGGAAACGAUCUUGGAUUCCAUUAUACUGCUAGUGGGCCUUUAGUGCGUUCUUCCUAUAAAGCAGGUGAAUUCUUCUUGAAGAACUUAGUAGAAAAAAGAAAGACAAAAGCUAUCUGAAAAUGAGAAUGAACCUACUUAAAGCAUACAGUUUUAAGGAUUUUUUUUCAGUGCGUAAUUAUACUCAGUUCCAGAAAUAAGAAGACCAGAUGGUGGCUAUAUGAAUAAACUCACUAUCUUCCCAGAACACUUCUCUCAUCAAAACACAUUAUUUUACCUCAUUUCUCCUGGCAAGGCUACAACAACAGAACACUUCUACUGUUCAGAGGACAAAACUGAUUUUGAAAGAGUGAUGGAACUGAGGUGGAAGAAAUAAACGUAAACUGGGAACAAAGACUGGACAGAUUUAUAGGUCUGAUACAACAAUCACYAUUGCUGCAUUUAAUACAUGUGAAGGCGCUGAUAGUAAUUUGAAAGGUACUGAUACUUUGGUGUCUCUUACUAUUAUGUAACCUAAGCUUGCAGGGGCUCUGGGAACUAUAGGAGUUCUAAAGAAAAGCUGUGUACCUGACAAUGCACCAGAUUAGAGCUAUCUUGAACCAGACCAGAGAAAGGAUAGUGAUACUCCUUCAAAAGAUGGUAUCUCUUACCUGCAUCUUGAGAAAAUCCGCUGUACCAUUCUCAUAGCUAAAGCUUUUCCAGAGCUUSUGUGUGUGAGCCUUGGUAUAUACAAGGUAUCAAGCUUAAGAAAACAAAGAGUCCUUUUUGGCAAGACAAUUAACCUUGUGUAGAUACCAUUAAUUUAAACUAUUUGGAAAAUCAGUCAGUGUAAGAGCAUAAAUGGAGCUACCUCUCCAUUAGCUACCCUGAUUUGUGUAUAUGACUGUAACAAACCCUGCUGAGCUGCGCAGGUACUACUUUAGAAUUGAGCAUGCAGAACUGCUGCUAUUGUGUACUGUGCUUCUUUUGCAUGGCUAUUGUCUUGUCAUUAAAGGAAAGCUAAAACACAGUGGUUGGGUUUGAUGGGUCUGGUUACCUGCCCCUUGAGGCUUGGUCUGGCUGGUAAAUCUGUAUGCAGAGAAGUGAACUACAUUGGGGGUGAAACAUGAAAUCCACUGCGUAUCACAUUAAGCUCAACUAGAAAUAAAAACAUGGCAUAUGGUACAUUAACAGCUCUACUUGCCUCAGUUUACAGCAAUAAUAGUGAUGAUUGUCUCUCCCUAAUGAUUAGCUACGGAUAUUAGAUACCAUGUCUGAACUGGCUUCAUGUGUAUCUUUGUGAAAUUAUUUGGGAAACAUUCCAGGACUUUGGUAUCUGGUCCUAAACUCUCAUAAUGCAGAUAAUUCUAUGACUGGCUCUAGUAUUUUCCUGAACUACUGUAGUCUGUAGGAGAGCRGACCCUGCACACCCCACCAAUUCAGCUAAAUGACAGAAGGAAGACCACUACCUAGCAAGGUAAUGUAGGAGCAACUUGUAUGAACAACAAUAAUAAAGAUUAUACCAGAAGCCAGUGAUGCACAGCUGACACUUCACAAAAUGAAGUACAGGAAUAGUAAAACACUAUGAAGACAAAACUUUAACSAAGAAGGAAUGUACUAAUUCACCAGUAAGGGGAAGAGAACUGUGAGCCAUAAGGAACAAAGGGGAAGAAGGGAUAAACACAAGAAAGCUGUACUUUGUAAGGUCAGAGAGACAGGCAAGACUGCUUUUUUUUAAAUAAACAAUAUUAUUAAUAAAUUAAAAAGUUAAAGUCUGAUUGUUAGUCAUGGAAAGCCCAGGUAUACUUUGAGCCAAAACCGCCCUGCUUCAGCUGAAGUACACUUGAGUACUAGAGCAGGGAAAGGUUGUCAAGCAUUUCAAGGAAAUUCUAUACUCCCUCUGCUGUAGCAGAUGGAGAGGGUU